AUGACUUGUUGCUACAGCAAUAUGUUCAAGACGUCAAGACAUCAACGAUACUUCGGCAGUAACAACAUCAACAACAACAAUACAUCAACAUCAGAUACAGAUGAACAACCACUACCAGAGCUAAGUGAAGAGAAGAAGAGAUUGAUCGCAGAGAUUGAAGCAUUGGAGGCAGAGUUCAACAAGGAGUACAUCAAUCCAAAGACUGGCGAACGUGGUGGUCCAACCGGACCAGAACCAACAAGAUACGGAGACUGGGAGAGGAAAGGAAGGCUCUCAGACUUCUAA